AUGGUGAAACAGCUGCUAUUGACGCAUCUUGUUGGCUGCACAAAGCGCUUUCAGUGAGCUAUAGUCACUACGGCGAUGAUAGCAGGUAAAUAAAUAAAACUUUCUUUCUGCUUUAUAAUAUCACACUGCAGUUUUUUCAAUAAUGUUUAUUUGCGCUUCAAUUUGACAGAACUAUUGAUAUUUGCACAAGAUAUUUGGAUGUUUUUUUGGCAAACGGCGUCAAACCCUUUGUGGUAUUCGACGGCAUGCCUUUGCCUGGUAAAGAUUAAGAACGAAACAAUCGGAAACGGUAAGCUAUCGACACGAAUGUAUUGAGUCUUAUUCCCACUCACUUUUCUCAUUUUGGUCGGUUUAUUUUAAUGUACUUUCUAAGGACAAGGGAAGAAAGCAGAGCAAAGGCUUUACAGCUACAGAAUGAAGGAUCUGUUAGAGAAUCCUGGAAGAUGUUAUCACAGGCAGCAAGUAUUGAGUACAAGCAUGUGAAAGAUUUCAUUUGGGUUUGCAUAGAAAAGAAAGUACAGUAUAUUGUUGCAGCAUAUGAGUCAGAUGCUCAGAUUGCCUUCAUGUUACAACAUGGUCAUGCCGGAUUUGCAGUAACAGAAGACUCUGAUUUGCUUGCCUAUGGUUGUAAAAAAGUUUUUUACAAGUUACAUCUCAAUGGUCAAGGAGAAGAAAUAGUAUUACAAGAUGUUUUACAGGCAUUUGAUAUAUCUCAAGACAAGUUCCUGAACUGGUGCAUUUUGUCUGGUUGUGACUACCUUCCAAAUUUGAAAGGAAUUGGCAUAAAGAAGGCAAAGCAAAUAAUUGAUUCCAAAGAUGACUUCUUAUCAGUUGUGGAGGUAUUGGAUAUAGCGCCUCCAGACUAUGGGCAAAAAUUUAAUGAAGCUUAA